AAUCUCGAGUGACGUGUUCAUAACAACAAAACAGACGUGAAUCGUGGUGUGUGAGAGAGAGAGAGAGAGCAAAACAAAUAAGGUUGUAUAUCUUUCUCAGAGAAAACUGAACACGGUGUACGUGAUAAAAAAAAAAAAUGGAUUAUUCUGGAAAAGAAAAAGAAGCCUUGGCUCUGAUCGACGCAGCUGACAAGAAAAUGCAAAUGUCGGCAUCUUUGUUUGGCAAGUUUCUCGGGAGCUCUUCUAAAGCAGAGGAAGCUUGUGACAUGUACACGAGGGCUGCCAAUAUGUUCAAGAUGGCCAAGAACUGGUGUGCUGCAGGCGAUGCGUUCUGCAAAGCUGCACGAGUGCACUUGAAAACUCAAAAUAAGCACAACGCAGCCGUCAGCUUUAUCGACGCUGGCAAUGCCUACAAAAAAGCAGAUCCAAAAGAGGCCAUCAAGUGUCUGAAACGGGCGAUCGACAUCUACACUGACAUGGGACGUUUCACCAUCGCGGCCAAACACCACAUCACUGUCGCUGAAAUCUAUGAGUCUGAUUUACUGGAUGUUGAUACGGCCGUUGUGCAUUACGAGCAGGCUGGUGAUUACUACAAAGGAGAAGAGUCUACAAGCUCUGCCAACAAGUGCCUUCUUAAAGUCGCUAUGUACGCCGCUCAGCUUGAACAGUACCAAAAAGCUAUACAGAUCUAUGAACAGAUUGGGACCUACUGCAUGGACAACACCCUGCUGAAGUACGGCGCUAAGGAUCACUUCUUCAAAGCAGCACUGUGUCACUUUUGUGUCGAUAUGCUGAACACCAAGCUGGCUGUUCAACGAUAUGAGGAAAUGUUUCCUGCCUUCUCAGACUGCAGGGAGUGCAAACUCCUGAAGAAACUUCUCCAAGCGCACGAGGAGCAAGACGUCGACGCAUACACAAACGCGGUGAAAGAGUUCGACACGAUCACACGGUUGGAUCAGUGGCACACCACCAUGUUGCUGCGGAUCAAGAAGGGCGUUCAGGAGGACGAGAACGAUCUCCGCUAACACUGCACGUAAUCCGUUUCCGUUAGUUUAAUCGGCUAAAAGUUCACCUUGAGGAGCUGCUCGUUAUCCCAUGUAUUAUUUUUAUCUAUUUUUUUUGUGGGUGAUUGAUGCCAAAUUCUGUAUUCUGCAAUCCUUAGAUCACUAAUCACUUUUUUUUUUUUACAUCAGAAUACUAGAUUUAUAGUUACAGAAUACUAUAGAAUACAGAAUACUAGACUUGAAAGUUUUCACUAGAGCUACAUUUCUGUUCCACGUUGUUUAAAUGGAGCUGUGGAACUGAGACAGCCACAAGUGAAAGCGAUAAUUUGAGAACUUAACGAAGCACUAAUUUGGAUCACGUCCUUGGUGUUUGAUUCUUCUUUAACUAUUGUGUAUCAGGUACCUCACACUGCUGUGAAGCUGCACAGCAUUUCCUUAAGUGUUUUUUUUUUUUUUUUUAAGAAAUUUUUACAAAUCAUUUUAAUUUAUUUGUUUAUUUAAAGUUAAGUUCUAGCUACAAACGUACAAGGAACAUGACUGAAACUAAAUGAUGAAAGGAAACGGCAUGAAGAUUGAACCUGGCUUGUAAACUCGCACCUUUUAUCCCAAACUAAAGCGGUUAAUAAAAGAUUUUUUGACUCU